AUGUUUCGCUUCAAUCAUUCUACAGCAUGGGGUUGCGGUGCUGUUCUUAUUCUUGUGUCGUUGGGACAGGCAAUGUGGAAAGCACCGUUGCUGCGUAUGGUAGAGCUGAACCUCUGCCGCUCCUAUUACGAAACGCAGGACCCAAAAGUCAUCUCUCCAAACGGUGACGUAGAUGAGCGAUUCUGUAAAGUUCUUCCGGUUCAGAAAGAAUUAGCUACUAUCUUCGCCUAUAACAUUCUCUUCACAGCAUUGAUUGAGCUUCUGACAGCGUUCCCAUAUGCUACCCUCUGCGGACGUUUCAAUCGCCGCACUGUUCUCUUAGUCAAUGUGGGAAGUGCAGCAGCCGGCUUGUGCCACACUAUGUGUAUAUGCUAUUUCUACCAAAUCUUCAGCACAAGGCUUAUCUGGGCGCAAUGUAUAUACCGUCUCUUCGGUGGCGGUGAAAGCGUUCUACUGAGCCUCACCAACGCUCUCAUCGCCGAGACAAUUCCUGCGGCUAAUCUAAGCAAAGCCCUUUUUUCGCUCAACGCAGCCCGCCUUUUCGUCAAUGCCGCCAGUCAAACCUUGGGCGCUCGCCUCAUGCAGAAAAGCAUAUGGCUUCCCAUGUCGGUUGGCAUCUCGAUAUACAGCUUGGUUUUCCCCGUUCUUUUUCUGAUUAUUGACCCCCGCCAUCAAAAGUACAAAUCCCCUUCAGAAGUGGCGACCAAGGUAACCGUAACCGUGCCAAGUGCCACAAUUGCAGGCGGUGAGGAAACCGAUCCCCUUCUCGACAGCAGCAUCAGCAGUGGUCCAAGCAGUGGUCCAAGCAGGCCGGCUAUAUCAGUUGAGCAAAGACACAACGAGUCUCCCUUGUACAUGGUUUGGAAUUCCUUUACCAGUGCAUUCUUGGCCGUUAUCCAUGUGUGCCGGAAUCCUAUUGCAGCACCCACGCUGGUCUUAUUUUUCUGGAACGAGCUCGGCCACGGGGUCAACACUAUCAUACCGCAGUGGGCCAGUUGCACAUUCUCCUGGACGCUCGCGGAUACAAAUUACUUUCUGGCUGCGCAACGCGCAAUCGCCGCCAUCACGCUUGUGGUGCUCACACUCAUCAUUCACUGGCUGCAGGCGAUAGGCAAGCCAGCUGCACGCCUUGACCUUGGCCUAGUCAUCUUUUGCCAAUCAGCAACACUAUUGGGCAUGUUCUGCACGAUUGCCUCAUCACUAUACACAUCGGCUCGAUGGCGUAACGUACAGUAUGUGUGUGCAGUGCUGUUGUACAUGAUGGGCUGGGGCAUGAAUGGUGCGUUGCAGUCUACUGUGACAAGGGCCAUUGAUCCAGAUCACAUCACGCUUGUGUACACGGGGCUAAAUGUGGCAGAGAGGCUGGCAACCAUGACAAGCGGGCCAGUCUUUGCGGCAUUAUUGGCAGAGGGUUUGGAAAGGGGGGGUGUCUGGGAGUACCUGCCUUACUGGGUGUCUUUGGGCUUUUUCUUGAUAGUUUCCGUUUUGACGGUAAGACUGGUGAGGAUGUUGGCGAAGGUGUAA